AUAAAAUUAUCUUUACCUCUCUACACACUUUCCCCCCUUUUCCUUCGAUUGUAGUUUCAUUAUCUCACUCUUUCCGUAUCAUAGUCAGGUGCGCUUUUUGUUCCUCGGUCUCUGAAUCCCCACUCGCAACACUCUCUUGCACACACAGACACAGUGAAACGUUUCUCUUUCUCUCUCGUCUCAUCAAUCACUCAAUUCAAUCCAUCGAUCGCUGCUGAGACUUCAGAGAGAGAGGGCAUUCAACUUCAAGCCCAUUCGCUGCUUGAUCCGCCGCAAUGGACGCUCGAGAACCGCCUCGACCACAGCCGCCCUCCAUCAUGGCGGGCCCCACCUCAUAUGCCCCCACCAACAUCGGCCCUAAUUCGUCCGGUGCCGUCAUGAUGGCGCCCGCCACGGCGCGAUUUCCCUUCGGCGUCUUGCCGCCGCCGCAACAACAGCCUCCGCCAGUGUCGGAGCCUUUCCCUGUCUCCCCCGCAGCCGCUUACGACGGCUCCUCCUCGCCGAUGAAGCCAUGCUCGCUCGCCAAGAAGAAGCGCGGUCGUCCCCGGAAGUACUCGCCGGACGGAAACAUUGCCCUCGGCCUCGCUCCUACCCAUGCUUCUCCUCCUCCACCUUCCUCCGCCGCCGCUUCCGGCGGCGGAAUAGGUGGCGAGUCGGCCGGUACUGCCUCCGCCGAUGCUCCGGCGAAGAAGCACCGAGGACGGCCUCCCGGGUCUGGGAAGAAACAACUGGAUGCUCUCGGAGCUGGUGGGGUUGGAUUCACUCCCCACGUGAUCUUGGUGGAGUCUGGCGAGGACAUCACGGCAAAAAUUAUGUCCUUUUCUCAGCAAGGGCCUCGGACAGUUUGUAUUCUCUCGGCUAUUGGUGCAAUCUGUAAUGUUACCCUUAGACAACCUGCACUAUCUGGUGGUACGGCAACAUACGAGGGCCGAUUUGAGAUUAUAUCAUUAUCAGGUGCCAUGCAACAAUCUGAAAGUAACGGUGAACGUAGCAGAACAUGCACUUUGAAUGUAACCCUUGCAGGGUCCGAUGGACGUGUUUUGGGUGGCGGAGUUGCUGGAACGCUAACUGCGGCAUCAACUGUACAGGUCAUAGUGGGUAGCUUUAUUGUGGAUGGAAAAAAGUCGAACUCGAAUGUCCUCAAAUCUGGGCCUUCUUCUGCACCGCCACCCCAAAUGCUAACAUUUGGUGCACCCAUGACUCCAACUAGUCCUACUUCUCAAGGGCCUUCAACUGAGUCCUCCGAGGAACAUGACCACACUCCUUUUUGUAGGGGGCCUGGGUCUGGGCCUGGACCUGGACUCUACAACAAUACUAGUCAACCCAUGCAUAAUAUGCCCAUGUACCAUCAUCCGCUAUGGGCUGGCCAAACUCAUCAGUGAAGUUGUGACUUGGAAUUAACAAUGCAGAAGCUGCAUAUUUUGCAUGUUGUCUGUUCAAAGUAGUGGUUAGAAAUCGAUUCUAAAAUGCUAACUGCAUUUUUGAGGCUGACUUUAGAACAGUCUGUCUUAAGGUUUAAGCUGUUAAGUUAUAAUUAGGAUUUUUUUUCGGUUAAUUAUAAUUAUAACUUUUCUAGCUAUGAUAGGCAAGGAUAUGCUGUCCAUUAUCCAUCAGAAUUCUGUCAUUUUGAAGUUUGCUGUCUGUAGUCCGCAAUAGCAGCAUAGCAACAGAAUCAGAAUUUGUGCUCAUGCCUCGUGGUGUAUCGUUUAUUUAAUUCUGAGUUUA